GUUUUCAAGUUGCCUCCGGAUCUAAACAGAACAGCUCUGAUCCCACCUCAAAACUGGAAAAUCGACGGUGUUCUUAAUCCACAGUACAAAUGCGGGCCACCGGUUCGUGUUGAUCCAUCGCAGUUCCCGGAUUCUAGCGGUCUACCGGCUAUAACCUACGCAAUCGCCAGCUGGCAAGUGGUCUGUAACAUAACUAAACCCAAAGCUCAGGCCGCAAGAUGUUGUGUCUCUUUCUCUGCCUUUUACAACAGCUCUGCAAUUCCUUGCAACACUUGUGCUUGCGGAUGCAAUGACAUCGAUACCGACACUUGCAAUGCUGACCGUAACCCGCUCCUCCUCCCUCCUGAUGCUCUCCUCGUCCCAUUCGAAAACCGAACCCUAAAAGCUAAAGCUUGGGCUAAACUAAAGAACAUGCCAAUACCCAAGAAACUUCCUUGUCCGGAUAACUGUGGAGUCAGUAUUAACUGGCACGUGAACACGGAUUACAAAAAUGGUUGGACCGCAAGGUUAACCGUGUUCAAUUGGAGAGGUUUCGCGUUUGAGGAUUGGUUUGUGGCAAUUGAUAUGGGAAAAGCAGGUACAGGGUAUGAAAACGUUUACUCCUUUAAUGGGACACGUGUUCCACCACACAAUAGAACCGUUAUGUUCCAAGGUUUGCCUGGUAUGAACUAUCUUGUGGGUCAAGUUAACGGAACCAAUCCAUUAAGAGACCCUGCUGUGCCUGGAAAGCAACAGUCUGUUAUCUCCUUCACCAAGAAGAACAUCCAUGGACUGAAUAUUCCUGCAGGCGAUGGUUUCCCAACCAAACUAUUCUUCAAUGGAGAAGAAUGCGCGCUACCAGAACAUUUCCCAAAGAAGAGCUCAGGACGUAGACGCGGUAUCAGUGUCUUGAUGUCACUUGUUUUCGCUAUGGCUGUAGCUUUGGCGCUAAUGAUGUGA